CACGCGCCGCCCCGCCCCGCACGCGGACAGUGAUGGCGGCGCCGAGCUGGGGCCUGGCGGCGGCGCGGGCAGCGCUCCGGCCCUGGCGGCGGCUGGCGGUCAGGCAGUGCGGGGGUACCGCGCCGGCGGGAGCGACGGAUGCCGGCACCCCCCCGCAGCAGACGGAGGAGCGGCCGGGCGGCGGUACCGCGGCCUCCGGCCCCCGGCAGGUUCCUUCAGAGAAAUCGGAGUCCUUUGCAUCCAUGUUGAGACGCUCUCCUUUAAUUCAGAUGGGACCCAGCAAAGAUAAAAUUGCCAUUGGUCGAAUAUUCCAUGUGGUCGAAGAUGAUCUUUAUAUAGAUUUCGGUGGCAAGUUUCACUGUGUGUGCAAAAGACCAGAAGUGGAUGGAAAAAAAUACCAGCGAGGAACCCGAGUACGUCUGAGGCUGCUGGAUCUUGAACUCACAUCUAGAUUCUUGGGUGCAACGACUGAUACAACAUUGCUGGAAGCCGAUGCAGUGCUUUUAGGGCUUGCAGCAAGCAAGCAAACAAAGCAAAAGGAGUGAAUUUCAUGUUAAGAAAUGCACUUUGUGCUCUAUAGCAAAUUAUACAAAUUAAGGGUUUCCUCAGGAAAUAAAUGAAAAGUUUCUGUCCUCUUGGUCAUGUAAAUAAUGAGAUCAAUAAAAGACAGUAAGCACAUCC